AUGUGCUACUUGUCUGCGCUGCUGGGUGUGUCCGCAUCAUUCAUCCAUUAUCACUGGGGGUGGGGGUCAUCGAUGGGGGGAGGCUGCACAGACCUCGCCCAGUCCCCAAAUCUCCCCAAUUUACAGCCUGAUCCCUUGGCCUCUACCGUCACACCCCUCCAAUCCUCCCCCCCUCCCGGGCCGUACAUGAAAGCCGUGGUGGAGUCGUUAGUGGGAUGA